CAAUGUGGUGCUGCAAAGUCCUCCUGCACUCACAGGACGCAUGAGAGCUGCUGAAAGACGGAGCUAAUUGAAUCAAAGUUAGUGUUGAAGUCAGUCUACCUCCCAGAGCGACCAUGAGAGUCCUCCUGCUCAUCUGCAUGCCAGUUCUGCUGCUCGCCCAGGGCCAGUACCAGGAACAGUUCCCCUUUCUGGAGGACUAUGGGCUGGAUUAUUUUCCAGAGAGUCCCGAGUCUGAAAAUUCAGAAUCUCUUCCUGGAACCUACCAGCAGCAGGUUCAGCUGGAGCCGGUAGUCCGUCCAGAAAAAUCAGGGUCCGAUGUGGAGACGGAACCCACAGAGCCCGGCCCUCUUGAUUGCAGAGAGGAGCAGUAUCCCUGCACCAGACUCUACUCCGUCCACAAGCCAUGCAAGCAGUGCCUCAACAGCCUCUGCUUCUACAGUUUGCGACGGGUGUACGUCAUCAACAAGGAGGUCUGCGUGAGGACCGUGUGCGCGCACGAGGAGCUGCUCAGAGCGGAUCUGUGUCGCGACCAGUUCUCCCGCUGUGGCGUGGCGGCGCUGAGCGGUCAGUGCUCAUCACUAGGAGGAAGCUGCGGGAAGAGCUGCGGUGGCUGCUGAUGAUCAGGGACCCCACCUGCCCAGAUACUGCCGCUCCUCCUCCUCCACCUCCUCGUCCUCUUCACUUCCUCCUCCUCCUCCUUCUAACCCUGUUGCUCCUCACUUUGCCUCCUGUACUCUUGUGCCAAACAGCACUUGCAUAUUCUUUUGUUCUGUUUUCCCACAUGCAUGUCUGCACACUAGAUCCUGUGUGUGCAGACAAAUAUACUCCAAAGAACAUUGAUGAUUGUAUAAAUCACUGGUGCUAUAAAAACGUUUAGAGGUGCACAUAAAACUGCGGAACAACCUUUUACUAUUUUGUUGUUGUUGUUGUUUUUGCAUAUUGUACCGUAUUAAUCUCAUGCUUUUGUUUGUCGACAUGUUACUGUACUUGUGUCAUCGUCAUGACCCAUCAAUGCACUGUCACUGUGCACUGACACCAGACGGAGCUAAUCAAUACGCAGCCAUCAACUGUCUCACUGUGGAAGAUCAUGAGAUAUGUGAAGAAACAGGCGGUGAGUGACCUCAGUUUUUGCUGCCACCUGGAUCUGUGCUGAGCGACUGAGCGGUGGCAACCAGCGCUUUGAAAAGGCAUCUCACAAAUGGCCUCUGUACUACUGCUUUUGUAAAACUGUCACUAUAAAGACCGAGAACAAAAAUAAACUUUUUUUUUUAUACUACA